AUGGCUCACCUACGUCAGAAGCAGAAAGAAUUCUACCUCGGAUGGAAAUUUCUAAAAAGCCUUGGAACCGUACUCCCCCUACUGUAUCCACGUCUUGAAUACGCUACCCUUUUGACCAUCGCUUCGAUCCUUUGUGCUGCUGGAUAUGAGGUGGUCAGCUAUAACUCUGGCACAAUUAUUGGUAAAUUCUACAAUGCAUUGCUUUCAAAAAACGAAGCGUAUUUUUGGAAUUUGUUUUGGAAGGCAUCAUUGAUCUAUCUCGGGCAGUCACUGCUUCUAGCAACAACAUCCUUCUCGACGUGGCUCCUCUACUUGGUGAUGAGAAGAAACUUGACGAUUGCGCUACACAAGCUGUACUAUAGGAGAAGCAUUUAUUACAUGUUGAACAGCGUGGAUAACGCAGGAAUUGAUAACCCAGACCAGCGUAUAACACAAGAUGUAGAACGUAUGUGCUCGACACUCGCAAAAAACAUCUUUCCAUACAUCCUUAUUUCUCCUGGUGUCAUUGCAUUUUACACGUACAAAACCUGGGCAACAGCAGGAGGUUUUGGUGUCGCUAUUAUCUAUAUAUAUUUUAUUAUUGGAGUUAUUGCUAAUCGAAUUAUUGUUUCUCCUCUUACAAAAUGGACUGCGAGAGUGGAGAGAUGCGAAGGAGAUUUCCGGUAUAAACAUGUUAGUGUACGAAAUAAUGCGGAAGAAUCAACUUUUUAUAACGCAGCGGAAUUUGAAGAGUAUGAAAGCAAUCGCUUUUUCAAGCGUCUUUUGAAGAGACAACUGGGUGCAACUUUAUGGAAAUAUCCUGCACAAUGUACUAGGCAUAAGAACAUUUCACACAAAAUUUUGGAUCUUUUAAAUCAUUCUACAGAUUGUGUCUUUACAGUUCUGCAGAACUUUUUCGAUUAUUACGGUGGAGUUUUGAGCUACCUGAUCCAAAUAUUCCCUAUAUUCAUUUUUCUCAGCUACAAAGAUAUGGAUGGACCGACUCUUGCUCAACAAAUCAGUAAUAAUGCGUUCUACUUCAUCUACCUCAUCAAUAGUUUCACAAGAUUGACAGAUUUGGCUUUAGCUCUCGGAGAAUUGGCGGGAUAUACACAGAGAAUUGACGAAUUGGUCCGCUAUAUGAGACGACUCAACGAAGAGGACAGUAUCGCUUGGAAAGACGACGAAAACCGCAGCAGUUCCGCCGAUCUCAUUGUUGCUGAGAAUCUCUGUUAUUCUGCUCCUGGAGAUGCUGAGGACCUUAUUUCGGACCUGAACUUGAAGCUCUCAAAAAAUCAAAAACUUUUGAUAACUGGUAUAAGUGGCGUUGGCAAAUCAUCUCUGUUGAGAAUCAUCAGAAAACUGUGGGAGCCACGGUCAGGCACUGUUUUAAGAAACUUUACCCUGAAAGAUACCAUGUUUAUUCCUCAACGGCCAUACUUUCCUCCAGGUCAACUAUCUCUUAGGCAGCAAGUGGUGUUUCCUUUGAUAGACGGAGGAAAAAAUAGUCAAGAAAUAGACAGCAACAAAAUCAUGAAGAUUCUGGAAGCACUACGUCUUCGCAGCUUGAUAUCUAUGUGUGGAAGUCUGACGGACCCAGCAAACUUUGAAUGGCAAGCAAUUUAUUCCAGGCAAGAUACACUUUCACCUGGAGAACAACAACGCCUGUCAAUAGCAAGAGUACUGUAUCACAAACCCUCUCUAGUAUUUUUGGAUGAAGCCACAAGUAGCUUAUCGGUUGAUGCAGAAUUCCGUGUUUAUCAGCUUUUAAAUGAGGUCAGAAAC